AUGGAUCACCAGGGGGAGAGUCCCACGGGGGGCGAAGCCGCUGCUUCCCCGGACAAGGAUAAAUGUAAAGAGAAACACACGAAUGAUGAGCUCGUUAAGCAGGACUCGAAUCAGCCCAGUAGGAGGAUUGCUAGGAAGACCAAACGGAACGCGACCAUUUCGGCGUACUCUCCGGCGCACAUAUCGGAGCCGGUGUACCAGUGGGAGGUUUCCAGCAACGACCGCGUCUUCUACGACAAAAUGAACGACCUGAUCAUACACCAAAACGUCGCCGCGAAAGCUCUCCUCGUAACGGACAUAAAGAAAAUGAAGGAGAACUACCAAGCUGUAUACGUCAAAUUCGACUCUGAAAUGUGUGAACACAUAACCUUCGCUCCAAACACUACCUUCUUUCUCUACCACUCGACGAACCCUAACAAGAUCCAGAUUUCUGAUAUUCUGAAUAACCAUAAUAUAUAUUUGAGUGUGUGCAUAAACAAGCUGAGUGAGUGUAGAAUUUUGGCUACCUUUUGGCUACCCGGGCGCGGGCUGGUGGCGGGAGAAUCCGGCACGGGCGCGUCCUCUUCCGCGUCUGCCGUGACUGCCGCGUCUGCCGCGUCUGCCCUGUCUGCGGGCUCCACCGCGCCCGACGCUUCGGCCGACUUCGCCGUAGUGACCGACCACGGAGUUGAGAUUUUCCACCUGUCCUUCGACAACUUAACGAUUACGCCACUGAAGAAACACGUAAUAAAGAGUGAGCAGUGCUGGUACGACGAAAGCAGCUCCUACAUCGCCCUCCUCUCCAGCACACACAAAACACACGCCAUCUUCCCCUACCUACUAAACAACAGCAAUGCGAUCAAGUUGCAAAAGGUGGAACUGAAUAUCCCCAAGACAGACCCAAUCAACAAAAACGACAUAGAAAUUAUUACCCUUUAUGAUGAAACAUACUGUAUACAUAAGGAUUACCAAAAUGGGAGAAUCUCCUUCCGAUGCUUAUCAUCCUCUUUAUGCUUCGACUAUGUACUCGAUCUGUUUUGCAACGGCAUGUUGGAGACCUUUUCGUUGGAUAAUAUUUUUGGUGUCUUUAAUUAUACUAAUGAGAAGGUAUACCUAUUUGAUAUAAAAUAUCAGAAGAGAAAAAAAAGCAGCUUCAUCAGUUCCUUGUCCGAGCAUAUAAGCAGUAGCCACACCGUUAAUAUUGAGUACCUGACGUCUCCGAAGCACUUUAGGACGGAGCUUGUGCUAAGCCAUAUUUCUUUUCAUCCCUUUAAUGUGUUGAUUGACAACCAGUACGGAAAUGUGUACAAGAUCCGCGUGGACUACGACCUGUUCAUGCUGCAGAUUUGCCAGCACUUCGCCAACUUGAACACCUCCGUGGACGUGCUCCUGCGCAGACCCAACUGCAAAAAAAGAAUCACGGAAAUGUUUUUCCUAUCACUAGAAAACGACAUUCAGAUAGACGACUACCUCACCAUCGUAAAUAUAAUUAAUGUAAAUUACCGAAAGCUGAUAGAACAGUCUGCAAAGAAAAGAAGUACCUCCUCUGUGAGGAGAGCUAACCAUAAAAUUAUUCAACCUGUAGAUGAUAUUAUUAAAAAUUUGGGGAACAAGACUCUCAUCACAGAGAGGGAUAUCGUCACGGAUGUGUUUCAUUCCUUUAUGAUUAAAAAAUAUGGACUGGAUAAAAAGGAGACUCUAUUCAACUUUUCCCUUAACUUUCGCCAAAUGGAGAAGGCCAAGCGGGAGAGGAGAAGGGGCACCGGUGGACGGGACGAUCGUGGCGAUAGGUACAUGCUCAAGUACAGAAUAAGGAGGAGCUCCCCCAAGGGGGCAAGCAGUACCCCCGCUGCGUUAGGGGCAAGCAGUACCCCCCCUGUGACAGGGACAAACAGCACCCCCGCUGCGUUAGAGGCAAGCAGUACCCCCCCUGUGACAGGGACAAACAGCACCCCCGCCGCGACAGAGCAAAGCGCCAACCCCGCGGAGGAGUACAAACUAACGCUCAGCUACUCCGAGCUGCACAGCUUGCCCAUGUUCCUCCUCUACGUGCUGGAGUACAUGAAGUCCCUCCUCAUGCUGAAUAUAAUUCCGAACAGGAUUCUCCAAACCUUUCUCUUCGACAUAUGUAUCUUUUACGAGCAGGACAACUGUCUACGUCAGUUGCUGCAAUUUUACGUGAUAGCUGAUUCGAUCGAAGUGACCAAGCGGUUGUUUCACUACUGGAAGUUAACUCAGCACCCAUGGGCGUAUCACCUUUGUCUAGACAUGUCCUUACGACUAGGGGAAUACGAAAUGGUUCUUCAUCUAUUCCUAUCCGCAAAUAGAUACAUAAAAAUUAUCGACUUCAUAAGGAGUCAUAACCUUAUUGAUUAUCCCAUUGCAGUUAUUUUUCAAGCCAUCGAAAAUGACUUCGACUCCCCCGAGAGGUACAUUAUAUUUAAUCACGUCCUUCGUUCGCUCAGCCGAUGGAUUGGCGACUCCGACCGCGACCCCGAGAAGCAUCCCCUUCCGAACUUGCAGAACUGCGAAAAGUGGGUGACGUUAGUCGAAGAGUAG